GUGCGAGCAUGCGCAGAGGUGCCGGUGACAGAGCGGAAAGUCUUUGAGAGCGGAGUCGGCGGGGAACCGAGCCGCCAUGGCCGGGGAGGCCGUGCAGAGCGACCCUGGAAAUGUCCCUAUUUUUGAGCAACUGCGAUUGGACCAGAACUCGGAUUUCUCCGAUACCUCAUUCCAACAGAAAUUGGAUGAAGCCAAAGAGCAGAUAAAACGUGAGAUCAGAAAAGAGCUGAAGAUAAAAGAAGGUGCAGAAAACCUGCGUAAAGCCACCACUGACAAAAAGAACUUGUCCAAUGUGGAACAUGUCCUGAAAAACUCCAAUCGAAAACUGGAGAUUUUACAUGAACAGCUGCAAGACCUAAAUGCUCACAUUGUAGUGAAGGAUCCUGAGGAACUGCAAGAUGAACCUCAGUCACCUGGUACUGUGAGCAGGGAGGCUCGUUCCACUGCCAACAAGAAUCGGAUUGUGGCAUUAGAGAAACAGCUUAAUAUCGAGAUGAAGGUGAAGCAAGGAGCUGAGAAUAUGAUCCAGAUGUACUCUGGUGCACCUGUGAAGGACCGGAAGAUGUUGUCCACUGCCCAACAGAUGCUGCAAGACAGUAAAACCAAAAUUGAAGUGAUCCGUAUGCAGAUCCGCAAGGCAGUGCAGGCAGAUGAGUUGCACCUAGAAGAUGAGGAUGGCCAAGUGAAAGCAGAGCUAAGUCACCUUGAACUGAGAAUUGAAGAGUUGCGGCAUCACUUUCGGGUGGAACAUGCUGUAUUGGAAGGAGCAAAAAAUGUCCUCCGCCUGCUGGGGUCGGCCAAGGUUCAUGAUAAGAAAGCCCUGUCUGAGGCACAGUCCAGGCUGAAUGAGUCGAGUGAGAAGGUGGAUUUGUUAAAGCAUUCUUUGGAGCAGAGAUUAAAUGAGCUUCCAGAAGAUCAUCCAAAAGGCUGUAUUAUUAAAGAGGAACUGGUUAUGUCAAGCUCUCCAGCAUUCAGCAAUCGGAAUAGCACUUCUUACCAACAGAACCAGUACAGCACGCUUUACAAGCCAUCACCACUGACAGGCACACUGGAGGUCCGGCUUGUUGGUUGUACGGCUCUUUUAGAGUCUGUUCCAGGGCGAUCUCGUGGGUCUGGUGUCCCUUUGCCUGCGUACAGUCCCAACGAGAGUCGGACUUCCUUCAUGAGCAGGACCAGCCGGGGUCUGUACGGACGAAGUGGCAGUGGCAGUGGCCGUAACCUCCUCAUCAAAUCUGAAGAGUUAUCCAAUGAUGUGAGCGCCGUCCUCAAACUGGAUAAUACCGUUGUGGGGCAGACAGCAUGGAAAACAGUUGGUGAACAAUCAUGGAAUCAAACGUUCACAGUGGAGCUGGAGCGUUCUCGGGAAUUGGAGAUCAGUGUUUACUGGCGGGACUGGCGUUCUCUCUGUGCCUUAAAAUAUCUCAAACUGGAAGACUUCCUGGAUAACCAACGGCAUGAAAUCCAGCUCGAUUUGGAACCUCAGGGGGUCCUCUUGACAGAGGUCACAUUUUCUAAUCCUGUGAUUGAACGAAUACCCAAGCUGCAACGACAGAAGAAGAUUUUCUCCAAACAGCAAGGGAAGGCUUUCCUUCGAGCUCCUCAGAUGAAUAUUAACAUCGCCACGUGGGGUCGGUUGUUGAGGAAAGCAUUUCCUGCUAUUAAUUCCACAGGAACAUAUAGCCCCUCAUCUUACAUGGCUGCUGUCUCUGAGGGCAGGCAGACACCAUCCACCAACAUGCCUGGGUAAGACUGCAAGCUCCUGGCUGCACACCAUGCUGAAUUUUCCAUCUUGACUUACUGCACCAAGUGUUAAGAUGAAUUGAAAUUCUCAACCCUUUUCUCUCAUCCAGUCUCUUCUGACUUAUAACUGCAACUUUUCCAAAGCCUUCUGCUGCUUUAGAUAUUUCCAGUUUCCUGGUUCGGGCUGUUUCCUUUCAUUCAGUAUCUUUCACCCCCAUGUAAGAAUCAGUACAUCUAAUCCUACAGCACCCUACCCCUUCAGCAGUACCUCCAGACUCUCUAUAUUAGGACAGCUAGUUCCCAUAUACCCCAUCCCUGACCAGGUUGUCCAGUUCCCCGGUGCCUCAUCCUCUCACCAGGUCACCCUAGAUGUCCUUUCCUUUUUCCAGAAUCAAAGGCCUGACCAUUCUC